AUGAAGCUUUCAAAUUUUGUCUUUCUUUUUCGAUUUUGUUUUGGAAGUUUUUUUGAUUUGCGGAAUUAUAAAUGGCAAGAUUGCAGUGAGAAAGCAAAGAUCUGUUCCGAUUACACCAAAAUCAACGAAAAAGUAAAUCGGUUCGGAACCCGGCAAAACGACGGUGUUUACUGGCUCGCCCCACGAAGUUCCUGUCUUGACGCUACUCCUUUUGAGAGAUAUUUUAUUACUCAGUGCGUUGUGUGCUACACUUCUUAUUGCUCUUUCUCCGAUGAUGACAAGUUCAACAAGAGCCUCUCUUGCGCCAGCUACAUUUCUUCCGAUGAAGGGCAGCAAAUGAUUGGCUCGGAGUCCGAGCCUCGGACUUUGAAACUUGCGCCACCUGUCGGAAAACCUUCAAUCCAGAAAAGGGGACAUUGGUGGAUUUGA